AUGAAUGUGCGUCGGGACUCGGGACAGAUGAAUGUGCGUCGGGACUCGGGACAGUCGGGACAGAUGAAUGUGCGUCGGGACUCGGGACAGAUGAAUGUGCGUCGGGACUCGGGACAGAUGAAUGUGCGUCGGGACUCGGGACAGUCGGGACAGAUGAAUGUGCGUCGGGACUCGGGACAGAUGAAUGUGCGUCGGGACUCGGGACAGAUGAAUGUGCGUCGGGACUCGGGACAGAUGAAUGUGCGUCGGGACUCGGGACAGUCGGGACAGAUGAAUGUGCGUCGGGACUCGGGACAGAUGAAUGUGCGUCGGGACUCGGGACAGAUGAAUGUGCGUCGGGACUCGGGACAGAUGAAUGUGCGUCGGGACUCGGGACAGAUGAAUGUGCGUCGGGACUCGGGACAGUCGGGACAGAUGAAUGUGCGUCGGGACUCGGGACAGAUGAAUGUGCGUCGGGACUCGGGACAGUCGGGACAGAUGAAUGUGCGUCGGGACUCGGGACAGAUGAAUGUGCGUCGGGACUCGGGACAGAUGAAUGUGCGUCGGGACUCGGGACAGUCGGGACAGAUGAAUGUGCGUCGGGACUCGGGACAGAUGAAUGUGCGUCGGGACUCGGGACAGAUGAAUGUGCGUCGGGACUCGGGACCACAGAUAUCAUGUUUUUGA